AUGAACUUGGGCUCAGUGGAGGGUGGAGGGUCCAGUGAUGUCACCAUAUCUAAAUCCGAGCCUCUCCUCACAGAAGAGACUGAGCACUCAGAGAGUGAAGAAGCACUGUCUGUACUGAGAUUCAUCUACAGUUUGAAAGUGAACCCUGAUCGAAGUUUCACGGUUGUUCUUGUUUUAAUUUAUUUAUUUAUUUUUGCAUGUUUGUUUACAGAUCCAAUCAUUAUCCGUAUUCUUGAAGACCAGCCAUGUAACAGCACUGAUCUGAAUGCAGUGGAUUGCAACAAGACUACACAGCACACAUACAACAUCUCAGACGAGUCUGUUGACUUCCUCAAAGGCCUGCUGGUCACACGCAUCAUGCCCUCGUUCUACAUCUUCAUCAUCCUCAUUAGUUUGCCCCUGAACGCUUUGGCCUUGGUAGCAUUCACCUGUAGGAUUCGAGAGAAGAAACCAGCAGUGAUCUACAUGUCUCACCUGGCGUGUGUGGACCUGCUCUUCACCCUGCUGCUGCCUCUGAAGAUCCACUACCAGCUGAACGCUUCAGAUUGGGUGUUCGGUGAGGCGGCGUGUCGUGUGAUCAGUGCAGCUUACUACUGCUACAUGUACUGCUCCAUACUGCUGAUGAUGUGCAUGAGUGUGGACAGGCUGCUGGCCGUGGCGUUUCCCGUCGCCUCUCUGACCUGGAGGAGCACAAGGAAAGCCACAUGUGUAUGUGUGCUGGUCUGGCUGCUGGCGAUCGCUGGUACUGUGCCACUUCUCUUAGUGAGACAAACAGUUAAGACUGAAAAUGUGGGCGUCACCUGCCAUGAUGUGCUACGCAAAAAUUACACAACAGUAAUGUAUUAUGUGUACCUGUUCUCCAUCCUCUCCUGCCUCUACUUCUUCUUGCCUCUGGUCAUCUCCUUUGUGAGCUACAUCACCAUCAUAUAUGCACUUAGUGUCAAAUCUGAUCGCUUAGCAACAUCAUCUUCAUCUUCAGACAAGCGAAGGAGAGCUGUGAUUAUGGCUGUCGCCGUGUUGACUGAGUUUGUGUUGUGCUUUGCUCCAACCAAUGGCAUCAUGAUGUACCACUGUUAUCUUUUAGCUAAUGGAGGCCACCGUGAGGGAGAUUCAUCAUAUGCGGCUUACCUGUUGGCUGUGUGUUUGGGGAGUGCAAGUGUUUUUCUGGACCCUCUGUUGUACUACUAUGGCUCGUCUCAGUGCAGAAAGUACAUCCGCUCUGUGUUUUGGUGCAAUAAAGCAAAAAAGAGAGCAAAAACGCUGUCAGACACAUAA